AUGUUCGCCAAAGAGAAAUACUUUCCGGUCUCUCACUAUGAUAUCAUUGCUCGACUGAAUGGAGAAUAUGAUAGACUACUGGCGUCUGGAGAUUACCACCCGUUCACCUAUCCUUUUGGAACUUUAGGCGCCACGGUAGUGAUCCUCUAUCUCCUUCUCGACCAUCGAUCGAGUCCUUGGCUACGUAAAGUUCGUUUUGCAGCAUGGGCCUUCAACACAGUGUUUGCGAUAUGGAGCAUCAAGAGUUUCCGAGCUCGGAACCCGGCAGCGGCGUUUGGUGUGGGCCUGAUCUCUGCCUGGUCGAUAUUGUGGUGCAGCAUGAUGUUAGUGAUCAAGGAUGUACAGUCUGACUUCUCGAGGAUUGAAAGAAGAGAAGUCCAUCUGGACUCGAGCUCCUAUUCUGCCUCUCCACGGCCCGCAGAAACCAACGGCCACGCGACUGGGAGUGCUCAUCAGAACGGCUCAAUUUUACACAAUCGCAGUAGUAAAGUAGGCACAACACAAACAUCUGCCCAAAGGACUGGCACGUUAGCCUGGCAAGGCUACCCUAAAGCUCCAUUCCUGAAACGUCUGGAUUGGGUCGCAGACAUCUUCUCCAACUUCAGAGGUAUGGGAUGGAAUUGGCGGAUCAAUGGUCUACCUUCACCACCACUUUGGGUACAGGCACAAGUCUCGAACAAUUCAGAUGCGCCACCACCAUCAGAAGAGGACGAGAAGAAAACUCUUGUCAGUCGUACUGGCGUCCACCGCUAUCACGACAAGCCAUCCCUGCUGAAAGCGAAUCUAUACAUUGCUUGUCGCAACGCUGUGAUUCUCGAUAUACUCAAAACUCUGAUCUCACACGACGCUUACUUCUGGGAUGGCAAUGUCUCGGCGGUACCUAGCUACUUGCCAGCGUCUCUUCAUACUUCUCCUGUUGCAGUCCGCAGCGCUCGACUGCUGCUCAGCUUGACCGCAGUCUACACAGCUCUACAGGCCGUCUUUGCUCUGGGUCCUCUCUUCUUCGUUGGAAUCAUCGGUCCUCGCUACCUGGGCGUACGAGGCGAGCCUUGGAUGUAUCCCGAUAGCUUCGGCUCAUUCACCAAUGUUCUGGACAAAGGCCUCGCCGGUUGGUGGGGAGGCUGGUGGCACCAAUCUUUCCGCUACGCUUUCGAAGCUCCUGCCACAAAACUCAUCGAGCUUCUGGACUUGCACCCAAAAUCACCAUCUGCAAAGUUUUUGAGUCUGACUAUCGCGUUUGUGCUAUCGGGUGUAUUGCACGCCAGUGGCAGUUACACGCAGCUGGGACGUACGUAUCCACUCUCUGGCCCUUUCUUUUUCUUCGUCUCUCAAAUUGGAGGUAUAAGUGCCCAACUUGCACUUAUCUUACUUCUGCGCCAGUUUGGCGUGGUACAACGAUCACCAAAGUGGUUGCAACGUACCGCAAAUUUCGUUUAUGUGCAUGUAUGGUUCUACUAUACCGCACCGCUACUAUGUGACGACUUUGCACGUGGCGGCAUCUGGCUAUUCGAACCUCUGCCCAUUAGUCCACUUCGAGGACUGGGCUUCGGAGGGAAAGGAGAUGGACUUUGGUGCUGGUGGGGAGAUAUCGUGUGGUGGCAUAGGGGAGACCGAUGGUGGAACACUGGUUUCGCUUUGUAG